AUGAAUUAGGAAGCUAUCCAACCGAAAAUCAAUUAUAUCAGAAUAUACAGUGUUUUAUAAUUUCUUAAUAUAACAAGCUCCCUUAAGCAUAAGUUUGUAACACUUAAAUAAAUAAUCAUUUUUAAAAUUUGGAAAUGACAAAGUUAUUAAAUAAUAUAAAGGAUUGAAGAACCAAUCAUAAAGUAUAGAGUAAUCACAUCCAAAUACAUUGAAGUCAAAGCAGCUAUUCAACAAGAGUGGGACUACUCUCAUGGAUUAGAAAUGA